GACGAAGUCUAGUGCAAAACGGGUCAGGUCCGAACCGGAACAAUUGCCCUCCUUACCGACCAAACUCGCACGCAACGCAAGCUUCUCUCUCUCCCUCUUUUUUAAAUAAAGAAAAAAGAAAAGUUUCCCUUUGUCUUUAGUCAUCUAAAUCAAUCGAACGGCUAAGAUCACUUGAGUCCCGCUGAACCGGUUCACUGAAUCACCGGAGGACAGAAUCGCAACCAAACUUUUGUCUUCCGAGGAAGUUCCAUCUUCUUGUUGGGUCCAUUUGUUGUUGCGCGGCAGCUUUCUUGAUGACCGUGAAACCACCUAUAGCGGCGGAGAUGGCACGAAUUGUGGUGGUUUUCGAUUUCGACCGCACCUUAAUCGACGGCGACAGUGACAGCUGGGUGGUGACUCAGAUGGGCCUCUCCUCACUCUUCAAUCAGCUUCGUUCUACUUUGCCCUGGAACUCCCUUAUGGAUAGGAUGAUGACGGAGCUCCACUCACAAGGGAAAACAGUUGAUGAUAUUGCAGAAUGCCUACAUCAGACUCCAUUGCAUCCACGAAUUAAAACAGUCAUAAAAUCAAUCCAUGCCCUUGGAUGUGACUUAAGAAUAAUUAGUGAUGCAAAUCAAUUUUUCAUUGAGAAAAUCUUGGAUCAUCAUGGAUUGUUGGGAUGCUUCUCACAGAUCAGCACAAAUCCAGCCUUUGUAGAUGAUCAGGGAAGGCUUAGGAUUUUCCCCUACCAUGACUUGAACACACCUCCUCACUGUUGCCACUUAUGCCCGUCAAAUUUGUGUAAGGGCCUGGUAAUUGACCAAAUCCGUGCUUCCACUACUCAAAAUGAGAAAACAAGACUCAUCUACCUCGGAGAUGGGAAUGGUGACUUCUGUCCAUCUUUAAAACUUGUUGAAGGUGAUUAUGUGAUGCCAAGGAAGGAGUAUCCCUUAUGGAAACGCAUUUGCAGCAAUGCAACUCUUGUCAAGGCAGAAGUUCAUGACUGGAGUAACGGCGAGCAGCUUGAGAAGAUUCUUCUCCACCUUAUCAAUACAAUCUCCACUGAAGACAACAUCAGGAGUAGGCUUUCCAAUCAGUUGAAUUCAUCAGAACGUAGGAUUUCCACUCAUGAAGAUGCAUGUCCUCAAACUCUAUCUAUUCCUCAUUGAUUAUACAACAGAUGUGGCAUUAACAAUAGAAAGAUUCCAGCUAAUCAACAUUGGUACUACAUAUAAAUGAAAGUAAUAAAUGGUUUGGGAGAACAUUGGUACUA